AUGGCUGAAGCUCUGAUCACAGCUGCGAAGUGCUUUGUUCCUAAAUCAAAGGAGGAAGAAGAGAAUCGAAAGAAUCUACAACAGUUACAGAACAUAAUCGCAACCCUUCCAGAAACAGAGGUUGGCGACUCAGCAUCUCUGUCAUAUCAAGUUUUUGGUUUCAACCCAUGGGAUUUUCCGUGUGGAUCCUAUUGGGAUCAGUUUUUAGGAUAUUGGAAAGCAAGUUUAGAGUUUCCAAGCAAGAUCCUUUUCUUGAAAUAUGAAGAUUAUAAAGAGGAGCCUUUACUGAAUAUAAAGAGAGUGGCGGAGUUUGUUGGUCGGCCAUUUUCUUUAGAAGAAGAAGAAAAUGGGACUGUGCAAGAAAUUUUGAAACUAUGUAGUUUUGAGAAAAUGAAAAACUUGGAGGUGAGUAAGAAUGGAUUCUACCGUGUUCGCAAAACUAAAAACGAUGUAUUCUUUAGAGAAGGAAAGGUUGGAGAUUGGGAGAAUCAUCUAACAAAUGAAAUGGCGGAACGUCUUGAUGAAAUAGCAAGGCAAAAGUUCCACGGUUCCGGUUUAAUGUUUUAG